UGAUAAUAUCGCUCCACAACGUCCCAUAACGCUUCUACAACUAUAACCAUUAACACUCACCCGGUGACAGAACUGUCAAUCUGUGUGGUCAAAGUCUUGAAGAUGUCGACAAAAAAACCUAGAACGGCUAGAAAUGGACGGUUUGGAUUUGAAGAUUUAUGUGAAACAAUGCCCGACAUUUUGGAAUUUGGUAUUGGUGCACCUUCGUUUAAUUUAAUGGCAAAAUUGAAGCCAUAUUUAGUUGAAGCUACCAAACAACGUAUGGAAAGUGAAGAAUCUGGUUACAUGUUUCAAUAUGGAGCAUUAAGAGGUGAUCACAAAUAUGUUCCUGCUCUUGCUGGCUUUUUAUCUCAUCAUUACAAGGAUGAGGUUGACAGUGACAAUCUUAUGUGCACAGCUGGUGCAACUAAUGGUCUCAUGUUAUUGACAUGUUGUUUAUUUAAAUGGGGUGAUUACGUCUUUGUUGAGGAUCCGACAUAUUUCCUUGCAAUUAAGAUUUUUCGUGAAGAUCUGGGCCUUAACAUCAUUCCUGUUCCAACUGAUUGUUAUGGUGUAAAUGUGGAAGCAUUGGAAAAGUUGAUUCAGCAAUAUCAAAAUAAAUUCAACAAAAUUGAUAAAAAUCCUUAUACAGCUUUAUUCUACACCAUUCCAGUUUUCAAUAAUCCAACAUCAAUUACGUUGCCAUCAGAACGAUGCGACAGUCUCAUCAAAGUUUUGAGGAAAUACAAUGUACUUGCAGUUUGUGAUGAUGUUUAUAACAUAAUCAAUUUUAAUUCAGAAGCUCCACCAAAGAGACUAUUUAGUUAUGACAGAAAAUCAGACAAUGAUUACAAAGGACAUGUUGUCUCAAAUGGAUCGUUUAGCAAGAUAUUGUGUCCAGGAAAUAGAUGGAUAGAAGCUCCAGAGACUGUCCUUGAGAGAUUAAUGUUCAGUUACUUGAUUAGUAGCGGUGGUGGAGUUAAUCAGUAUACAUCUGCCAUCAUAGGUACAGCAUUAGAGAUGGGUAUUAUAACCACUUAUAUAGAGGAAGCUUUGGAAACAUAUAAAAGAAAAAUGGAAGUAAUGUGUAAUGCUCUUGACACUUGUGAUGCAAGAUCUUACAUGAAGUUUGAAAAGCCUGUGGGUGGCUACUAUGUAUGGGUUGAACUUCAGCUACCAUCAGGUUAUGAUGCCAAAGACUUUAGUGAAUACUGUUCAAAGAAUUAUAAAGUUGGCGUACGAGCUGGACCAUGUUUUUCUGCAAGUGGAAAUUUCAAGAACUUCAUUCGACUCACUUUUUCAUAUGUUGAAGAAGAAGAAAUUGACGAAGGUAUUCGCAAAAUAUCAACCGCUUUGAAAACAAUAAACGAAAAAACCCCAACAAAAUGACCAAAGUUGGCAAGUUUAAAUGUAAAGCAAUGCAAAACUAAAUAAGAAUUCCAAUCAUUGAUAUGCAAUCAAAACAUUGUUUUGUAAACCAUCAAUUGUAUCAUAUUUCAUAAGAUCAUUGCCAUAUGACAUUAAUACUUUGAAAUUUUGAAA